AUGGCGAUUCAGAAGAAGCACGGAAAAGGUCGUUUGGAUAAAUGGUAUCGUUUGGCGAAGGAGAAAGGAUACCGCGCUCGUGCUGCGUUCAAACUGAUUCAGUUGAACAAGAAGUAUGGAUUCCUGGAAAAGAGCAAGGUCCUGAUCGAUCUCUGCGCUGCUCCCGGUUCAUGGUGUCAAGUCGCCGCAGAAUGUAUGCCUGCUCAAAGUAUCAUCAUCGGCGUCGAUCUCGCCCCAAUCAAGCCCAUCCCUCGAACCAUCACCUUCCAAAGCGACAUCACUACCGAGAAGUGUCGUUCCACGAUUCGAGGACAUUUGAAGCAUUGGAAGGCAGAUACUGUUCUUCACGACGGUGCUCCCAAUGUCGGUACUGCCUGGGUUCAAGACGCCUUCUCUCAGGCCGAGCUUGUGCUACAGUCUUUGAAAUUGGCCACUGAAUUCUUGAAUGAAGGUGGAAAUUUCGUUACCAAAGUUUUCCGGUCUAAAGACUACAAUCCUCUGCUCUGGGUGUUCAAGCAGCUUUUCCAGUCCGUUGAGGCAACCAAGCCUCCUUCAUCACGAAAUGUGUCUGCCGAAAUUUUCGUCGUCUGCCGAGGCUUUAAAGCACCCAAACACAUCGAUCCCAAAUUCCUCGAUCCGAAGCACGUCUUCGCUGAGCUGUCAGAUCCGACCCCCAACCACGAGGCCAAGGUCUUCAACCCCGAGAAGAAGAAGCGUAAGCGUGAGGGUUACGAGGAGGGCGACUACACUCAGCACAAGGAAAUUCCGGUCACCGAGUUCAUCAACACCACCGAUCCGAUCGCUAUUCUGGGAGGAUACAACAAACUGAGCUUCCAGCAACCGAUCGGGGGAGAUCUGGCCAUGUCGACUUUGGAGAGACUCGAAGAAACUACGGACGAGAUUCGGACAUGUUGUGAGGAUCUGAAAAUCCUUGGCAAAAAAGAGUUCCGAAACCUUCUGCGAUGGCGCUUGAAGGUCCGUGAGAAGUUCGGCCUUAGCGUCAAGAAGAAGCCGCAGCAGGAGGAUGGUGAGGGUGAUGAGGUGGCAGAAGUUGCUCCUAUGGACGAGGAGCUGGCUAUUCAAGAACAACUCCUGCGCAUGCGCGAAAAAGAAUCUGCUCGCAGCAAAAAGGAACGACGCAAAGAAAAUGAAAAGAAGCGGAAAGAGAUUGUACGCUUGCAAAUGCACAUGACCACUCCCAUGGAUAUUGGUAUGGAACAGGUCGGACCCGGUGGAGAGGAUUCUACCUUCUCGUUGAAGCGGGUGGAUCGACUCGGUGCCAGAGAUGCAGUUGUCAACGCUCGUGAUGUGCCUGCCGAGAGCGACACUGAGGAGGAUUCUGAAUCGGAGGAAGACAGCGAUGACGAUGGAGACCGUCUUGAGCGUGAGCUUGACAGCAUGUAUGAGCGUUAUCAAGAGCGCAUGGAGGACAAGGAUUCCAAGCUACGUGCGAAAAAGGCUCGUAAAGAAUACGAGGCCGAUGAGUGGGACGGCUUCUCCGAGGACAACAAGAGCGACGAGGAAGAGGAGGAAGAGGACCAAUCAGAUUCAGAGACAGCUGUGGCUGCGCCUAAGUCCGAAAAACUCUCCAACCACGCUUCUAUGUUCUUUGAUCAGGAUCUGUUCCAAGAUAUUGGUGAGGAGGAGGAGGAGGAGGAAGAAGAAGAAGAAGAAGAAGACGACGACGACGACGACGACGAUCGGGACGAUGACUUGGAAGAAGAAAAUGAAGAUUCAGAGGAUAGCGAAGUCGAAGAGGACGAAGAGGUUUUGUCUACUUCGGCCAAGACCAAGACCAAGAAGGAGACCAAGAAGGAUUCUAAGAAGAAGGAGGAAUCUGAGUGGGCUGACUCGGACGAAGAAUACGAAGACCGCGAUCCACGCAAGGCCAAUGGUCAACUUGACAUUGAUAUCAUCACUGCUGAGGCUAUGGCAUUGGCUCAGGCUAUGGCUUCCGGCGAAAAGAGGGCCACGGAUGUUGUUGAUGACGGCUGGCACCGUUAUUCGUUCCGGGAUGUUGACGGUCUCCCGGAAUGGUUCGUUGAUGACGAAGGCAAGCACAGCAAGAUUCAGCGUCCGGUCACCAAGGCUGCCGCCUCCGCUAUCAAGGAGAAGUUGCGUGCGAUCAACGCCCGCCCAAUCAAGAAGGUGAUGGAGGCCAAGGGUCGCAAGAAGUUUAAGGCUGCCCAGAGGUUGGAGAAGCUGCGCAAGAAGUCCGCACUUCUGGCAGAUGAUGAGGCCUUGAGUGAACGUGACAAGGCCCAAGCUAUCUCCAAGCUGAUGGGCAAGGCCACUAAGAAGAAGCCCAAGCAGCAAGUCAAGCUUGUUGUUGCUCGGGGCGCCAACCGUGGUAUUUCUGGUCGUCCCAAGGGUGUGAAGGGCCGAUACAAGAUUGUUGAUUCCCGAAUGAAGAAGGAUAUUCGGGCACAAAAGCGCUUGGCGAAGAAGAAGUCCUGA